GGGUGUGGACGCCUGCGGCAGCGGCAGAGCCCGGCACCUGGCGUGCGGGGAUGGGGGUCACGGUGGACGUGCGCCAGGUGUACAAGUACCCCUUCGAGCAGGUGGUCGCCAGCUUCCUCCGCAAGUAUCCCAACCCCAUGGAUAAAAAUGUCAUCUCUGUAAAAAUUGUGGAGGAAAAAAGAGAUGCCUCAACAGGGAUCAUCUAUAGAAAGAGGAUUGCAGUCUGUCAGAAUGUGGUUCCAGAAAUUUUAAGGAAGGUAAGCAUUUUAAAGGUACCUAGUAUCCAGCUGGAAGAGGAAUCAUGGCUCAAUCCUCAGGAAAGAAACAUGGCUAUACGGAGUCACUGCCUUACGUGGACACAAUAUGCAUCCAUGAAGGAAGAGUCUGUCUUCCGGGAAAGUAUGGAAAAUCCAAAUUGGACAGAGUUCAUUCAGAGAGGCAGGAUUUCAAUCACAGGGGCUGGCUUUCUCAACUACAUUUUGGAAACUUUUGCCAGCACGUUCUUAAGACAGGGUGCCCAGAAGGGAAUUAGAAUAAUGGAGAUGCUGCUGAAGGAACAGUGUGGUGCCCCCUUAGCCGAAUAAAGAAUCAUCAGGGAGCUGUGUUGUGUUACCUCUGCUCGGGGAUCACUUCUUGGCCAUAACACAUCACUGAUGC